CGAUAUGAAGUUAGCUGAGUGACAUCAGUUUUGCAUGAACUUGUUCACGUCAGCUGAUUUGGGCGUUGCAAUUUAUUUGCAAUUACUUUAUUUUGAAUUAUACAGGUGGAAAGAAUAUUAUAAAUAAUAUAAUUGUGUGCAUACAAAGUGAAUAUUUUGACGUAUUACUAUAUUGAUAUGGCUAAAUGAUUUAGAGAAGAAUAGAAAUGAUACUAAAGUAUAAAUGGAUGAAGCAAUGAGACAUUUUUUUCUUAAUAAGAUGUAAAGGAAUCUUGAAUGUAAAUUACAAUGAAUAAUAUAUCAGGGCAAUUUCGUAAAACAAUAUGGGAUCCUUUUCUUAUAAUAUCUCAAAUAGUAGCUGUUCAAUCAGUUAUGUACUUUUGCCUUGUAUUAUGGAUUUGGAUCAUUGCUUCGCUUCUUGGAUCAACAAAAUCAUUAGAUUAUGCUUUCCAUUAUAAGGAGAUACAUGUUAGAGAUUUUGCUGGGCAACUUACCAUAAUUAUUUUUAUUUUAAAUGCUUUAGUGGGAGCAUUUACAUUAUGGUGGUUAGUACAAAGAACAAAACAAUGUAUGGAUUUUGCAUGUACAGCACAUCUAAUACAUUUGUUGUGUUGUUGGGUAUACAAUGCAAGUUUCCCUUCAACUUUUAGUUGGUGGUGUUUAAAUAUUGUAUCUCUAAGUAUAAUGUGUGUUUGUGGUGAAUUUCUUUGUAUGAAAAGUGAAUUACAAGCAAUACCAUUAGGUAUGAAUAGUCACAAAACAGCUUUGUAGCAGAAGUUACGUAAAUAUAAUAUUAAAAAUUAUAAUUAUACUCAAUAAAGAUAGAUUAAAUUUAAAUUGAAAGAAUUUUAGAAGAAAUAUCUCUUGUAUUAUAUUUUAAACAUUGAUAAUAAUAAAUAUUUAUUAACACAUUUAUUUAGAACUACUAGCAUUAUGAA